CCGUGCCAGAGUGCACGCAUGGCAGGGACGCUAAGCCAGACAGGAAAAUUACACCCCUGUCGGGGCCAAGGCAAACGAGGAAGACCAGGAAUAACAGAGGGAGGAUGAAAAUGAGAGAGGUCAGAACGCAGAAGGGCCGAGCUCGUCUGGCUCGGCAGGUCUGAGGGCUCGGACGCGGGGGGUCCCUCUGCCUUCCAUCAACAGCCUUCAUUUAACUCACACCAGUCUGUCCAUCCAGACACUUUCCCCUUCGUAUAUUUACCCAAAAUACAGGGUAUUAAGGUAACCUGCACGCAGCAUUAUUAACUUACGUGCAUCUCAAUGCACUUUUACUGCAGCUAAUUUAUUUAAUGCUUUUUCAUUUGCUUAUUAUUCUAUAACAUCCAGGUGUCUAUAAGUUCUAUGCUAACAGACUCUUUGAUGUGAUUGUGCAGAUAUAAUGUGGCAAAAUUAAAACGUGUGAUAAUCAUAAAACAAUCUCAUAUGUACUUAGAAUGUUUUGGGGUUUCAGUUUUUACUUAAGCUAAAAAAUGUUGUGCCUAUAAAGGGAAAAAAAUAAUACUUUUAAAACAUCCCAAAUAAGGUUUGCCUAGGCCACAUAUUGCUCCAGCGGAUGCUGUGUUUACCCUAUAGUUUGGGGUUUGUGGGAGAGAACAGUCAGUAUAAAAAAAAAAUCCCAACACAAUGAUUACAAACACUGAUGGCAAAUGCCAGUGAUUGGAUAGCAUUGGGGCAUUAUAGCCAAUCACACAAUAUCAAAUCACACAAUGAGGGACGAUCAUUCGACAGCGAAUGACAGAAGAGCAAAAUAAUUCAGAGGGGUGUGACUCUGGUAUUGGUCCCACUGGCUUUUAACUAAUGCUGCCUCUGGGGCAAAUAUGUGCUGUUUUCUAUAGGCAGGACACAAGGAUAGUGUUAUAUGCCUUAAAUUGGCAUUUGUGGGUGUAUGUCACAUGAUUCCCCAGCCAAUCAUAUGUCAACAGUUGGAGGAUAGAACUAUAUAUUCGGGCAGAAUUUAGGGGAGAGAGAGAGUGUGUGUAGGGCUCACCCUUGCCGAACGUCCAGAAAGAGCUCAAGAGAAGACAUAGAAAGAAAGAAGGAAAGAUGAAGACUUUUGCUGUCCUGGUUAUUUGUGGGGCUGUGUCCAUCUGUCUGUCUACUGGAGAUUUUGCAGACCCUGACUUCCCCUCCGCUGAGGUCGACGUCCCUGAUGCUCCUACUCCCGCUGACUCCAGCGCCUCAUCUUCUGCCUCUGACUCCAGUGCCUCCGACUCCAGUGCCUCCGAUUCUGCCUCAGACUCAGCUUCUGACUCUGCCUCUUCCUCAGCCUCUGACUCCUCAUCUGCCUCAAGCUCUGCCUCUGCCAGUGCCGAGGAGGUUCUGGUGAAGCGGGACCUGGCCUCUCAGCUCAUGAAAAGGAAGAGAAGAGCAGCUGCAACUGCUGCAGCCCUGAGUCCCACGCAGCUCGAGAGUCUCAAAGAGGUCUGCGAGGUCAACCUGGCUUGUGAGCACAUGGCAGAGACAGCUGGGAUCGUGAGCGCUUACACCACAUACUAUGGGCCAGUACCCUUCUAGAGACUGACUUGUCAACCAAGCCAUUCCUGAGAAGACUCUCAACCCGAUCAGUGUUUGAUGCUUUUUAAUGGCAGGGAGUUUAAUGCCACAGCAGGUUUUUCGUGUUUACAGUCGGCCAAGUGCCACUUAUCUCAUGCCAUCUUAGGGUGUAGUUGAUGUAGAGUAGAGUCUGUACUUCCUAAUGCCUGUCAUUGUACUUUUUUAUUUGUGGUAGCAUGUAAACACAGCUCAUUUUUUAUUAUAAAAAUGAGAGUUUGAGUCCCACCUUGCUUCACGGUUAUUGAUAAAUUUUGCUCCCAUGUUUUCUUAGGAAGCAAAAAAACAACAGUUUUAAAAUAUAUUCUUAUAUGACAAUUUAUAUUUUUUUAAUAAAAAAAACAGUCCUAUUCACUAAGACAUUUUCAUGUGUUAAAUGACUACAACCCGAAUAUAUCACUGUACAGCUGCUUAAUGAAAGACCAGCCUAUAACCUCCUAGUGUUCUGGUUAAGCUGAUGCAUUCAUUUAUGUCUGUAGAAUGUCCAAUUAUUACAUUAAAAGACACACUUUUGUGUAUCAUUAUGUUUCA